AUGGGAUUUGAGCCAUCUUUGCUGUUUCUGUUACUGAUGGCCGCACAAGGCUCAUUUCGGGUUGAAGAAAACAGCCACACCUAUCAAGAGCCUCGGCCUGCCGCUUAUGUGAAGGGUUGGUGGCACGUGGCCAAGUGUCCGGGAGAGAUGCGACGCUGGGAGAAGGCUACGACUAUUCUUGAGCGCGGACUGAAUAUUGAGAGGAAGACCGCCGCUGUGGCACGGAACUGA